CGGGGCCAGGCUGCUGAGACCCCAUCCUGCUUGCAUCUGGCACCCCCUCCCCUCCCCUCUGUGGCCUGCGCGCCCUGUCUCUGCUCUCCCGCCUUUCAUACACUUCCCAGCAUGUUCCGUGCUUUUGCCGCCGCCUUCUUCCACGAUGGCAGCUCCAUCCGCCUGACCGUCGACAAGCCGUACUACGUCUCUGGCGAGACCAUCCAGGGCACCGCUGAGCUCGAUGCUCGCAGCUUCCUCCAUACCCAUACCAUCAGCAUUCGCUGGCACGGCUAUGAGCGGAGCUUCAUCCGUGAGAUGUCGGGCACCGUGAACUCGGAGCACCCGAGGUCCCUGCUCCGCAAUGAGAUCCAGAUCGGCAACCACUACUACCGGCUGCACAGCAGCCGCCACUCCUUCUUCGACCAGACCAUCGUCAUCGCCCACCCGUCCGGCGGUCUGCAGCCGGGCCUCCAUGUGUUCCCCUUCACCUUCACCCUGCCCCAGGGUCUGCCUGGUGUCUUCUUCACUCGCGGUACCGGCAGCUUCGAGGAGCGCUACAGCGCGGCCAUCUCCUACGAGGCCAUCGUCACCGCCGAGGGCAACCACCCCCGUUUCCAGGACACCAGCAGCAUCAUCAUCAACGAAAACAUCGUCCGCCAGAUUGCCCCGGUCAAUGUCAAGGUCGACAAGAGCUUCAUCUUCAGCUCCAAGCGCCUCUACAUGGACGCCACUCUGCCGAAGUCGGUCUACUCCCCGGGCGAGACCCUCAGCGCCGUGGUCAAGGUCAACAACGAGUCCAAGCGCCGCGUCGACAAGCUGAAGGUCAUCCUCUUCCGCACUGUGACCAUUUGCGCCGGGUCCGCGCGCAAGACCAUCACCACCGAGAUCUACCGCAAUGUCUUCAACACCCCGAUCGAGCCGGCCAGCACGGCCUCCGCCGACCUCACCUUCACCGUCCCGGAGAGCGUCCAGGGCACUGCUUCCGGCAACCUGAUCACCUCGAACUACACCAUCACGGUCGAGUGUGACAUCAAGAUGGCCUUCGACCUGGUGGCCCGUGUCCCGGUGGCCAUUGCCCUGCUGCCGAUUCCCUCGGCCACUGCCCCUCCGGACUACAGCUAUGUCUACAGCGGCAUGGCCGAUGCCACCUGGGAGUAGAGGCACACACGCGUAUGGGCCCACAUUCGUUGAGUGAACUUCCCCCCCCCCCCUCCCCUCCGCUCGCGGCCCAUCCGCGCUCGGUAUGAUGGUGGCGGCCGGCAGGGGGAGGGAGUAGUACGCGGAGGUGCCGCAACGCGCGCACAUUUUCUUUCCCCCAGUUGCCACCGUGUGUGCCGGUGCAGCGCCGCCCGUGUGUGGGCGGGGGGUUGUGUGUCCAUCACCACUCUCUCUUCUCCGCGCGGGGGGGGGGGGGGGGG